UAAAUUUAAAUCAUGUGGUUAAUGGUCCAACUUAAAAAAGAAUUUGGUUUUAUCUUCCGUCUUCGUCAUUUGCAGAUCGAACAAAUAGAACGGAACGGGGAUGAAUCAAGGCAGACGGACGAAGAGAGGAAGAAGCGAAGUCUCGUUGGCGCUGCUUCCGAUUCCUCGGUUGUCACAGACCACGAAGAAGACCGGAGGCAUAGAGGAAUCUCGCAGGCGGCUAAUCCGUUUCUUUCUGAUCGAUGGCGAAGAGGGUAUCUAUGGGGACUGACGAGGCCGAAGGGGAAGAUGGGAAGGAGCAGCGAGGCUGCGUUCUUGCUUCUCCGUCGAUAGGGUGCGAAGGAGGAAAAGGGAGAUUGAAUCGCCCGAAGCGAUGCGAGUAGCAGCAGCGAUUAAGCGAAUCUUCGAAGGCUUCGCUCGAUAGGAACAGAAGAGACAGCGAGGGGUGAGACCAGGCUCGACAGAAGAAGAAGAGGUGGGUGCGACGGGGCUUUGUGGUCGAUGGGAAUAGCAGAGAAGGAAGAAUACGACUGGAAAAGGGGUUCGUUUUCUUGGCUGGUUCGAUCGUCAUCAACACACGAAGGAGGAAGAAGGAUUCACGAACGGAGCAGGGGAAGGACGAAGGUGGUGACAGGGGGCUCCGGUGGUGGCAUGGUCGAAUGCUCACAGUGGCAGCAAUCGAUUCGGUUUGGUGGUUUAGUUGCGGUCAUCGAUCAUCAACAGGAAUGGGAGAAGGAAGAACACAAAUGGGAAACUGCCCUUUGUUUUUUGGUUUGCUGGGUAAUUAAGGGGAAGAACAAGAUUGUUCUUCGUAUUUCUUGACUGGAAUCCAUGUAGAAUGAAAGGAAACAUGGGGUUUAUUAAGAGGAAACGUAGAAGAGAGGGGUGAGUGGGGUUGAUCCUGUGACAACUUCUGUGACAACUUCUAUUGUGAAAAGGAAACACGUUUUCCUUUGGGUUUGAGUGUAGUAACGUCCAUUGUGUGUAAAAUUUGAUAUGUUGAUAUGUGGAAGCAAACUCAUGGUUUUUGGCUGUUAUUUUUAUAUAAUAGUUUGAUCUUUGAUUGUUUUUAUAUAUUUUGUGUUUUCUUUGGGUGUAAAUUGAAGCAAAAGGUUUUCUUUUUCCUAUGUAUUAUGUUUAUAACUUAUGUAUUAAUUUGUACAAUUGAUUUAUUUGGU